AUGGAAAACAAUCUAGAUACAGAGAUAAUGAACUGUGAGGAAGAGAAAAAGGAAUUAUUUGAAGGAGAAUACUCUUAAUAAGAUCCAAAUAUGUUAUCUGAAGUGAAACAGAAGCUGUAGUCUGAAGAGGAAUAAGAGUUGUAGACUGAAGAGGCACAAAAGAUGUAGUCUGAAGAGGAAAAAGAAAAAUAUAUUGAUGAAAAGCCAAAGAAAAAAUACCCUUUUCCAGAGUCUGCUUCUGAUUGGGGUGUAAAAAAGGAAUUAUUGGAAAAAAUCUAAUGGUCUUAAGAUAUCUAAAUAAAGUUGUAAAGUUUAGAAAGCUUAGUUUAAUUGCAAUAUGGUGACAAUAGAGAGGUAAAUCUAGUUGGAAUUAGGCAUUUUAUAAAAAACUUUAAGGAAUUUUUCCAAAAGCUUGAAACAGAGUCAUCUCUUCUAUUAAGUAAAUUAGCUUAUAUUGCUCUAAACAAAUAACAGUAUUUUCCCUAAGAUUUCGAGAUUAAUGUAUUGACCAAGAGCAAAAAUGAGAGAUUUUAAGAAAUAUUAUUGACCAAUUCUUAAGUACUUUAUUUCAUGAGUCACAUGUUCUUCUGCACUACUAUUAAGAUAGAUGAUAAAUACAAUUCUUGCAACUUUUUGUAUUACAUAUACAGAGAUGAUCCAAUAUUGCAACAAAAAUUGAAGUUCCUGUUCAAUUAUUUUAAGAAAGCCAUAGAUAGGCUAGAAGCAUCACCAGACAUAGUUCGUCGUAUCAGUAUCUCAAGGAACUCUCUCGGGAUAGCUGAAUAUGAUGCUCAAGUAUUCUUGGAGUCUUAAAAAUAAUUAACUGAUGUAUUUAUUGAUGAGAAUCUAAGAAUUGAAGAUUUCUAAGGAAGGAGAAGUAUGCUAGGUGACUUUGCAAAUAAAUAUAUAGGAGGGGGUGCAUUAUCACUAGGAAGUGUAUAAGAGGAAAUAUUAUUCUUGAUAUAUCCUGAAUUGAAUGUCUCAGCUUUGUUUUGUUAAGUUAUGGCUGGAAAUGAAGCAAUAAUCAUGAAGGGUGCAAUGAGAUUUUCCAAAUAUUACGGUUAUGGCUACAAUCUAUUGUAUGCUGGAGAUUUCAACUAAGAAUUUAAUAAAGACUGCUUUGAUGAUAUGAAUAGACUCGAAACAACAUUUAUUGCCAUAGAUGCUAUUGCUUUUGACAGAUAAUUUUCAAAUUAGCUUCUCUAAAGAUGUAUUGCUAGGGAGUUGAUUAAGUCAUAUGCAGGAUUUGUUGGAAUAAAUUGCCAAGACUAAGAAAAAUUAAAAAUCUUUGAGAAUUUAAACAGUGAACAUGACAACUUGGAAAAGAAAUAGAUAGUGACUGAAUAAAGUAUUCAAGCAAACAAUUGA